AUGCGCUGUGACGGCUGUGUAGGAGCAUAUCUGCUUUGUGACGGACAAAUCGCACCUCUGUCUGCUGUCUCUGCGUGCGCCGAGUGCUACAGUGUGCCCAGUCAAUCGAUCCAGUUGCCCCGUAUCUGGCCCCCCGGUCGUCUGCUGGGGAAGCUUGUGCUGCGCCCAGAAUUCCCAGCUUGCUUGCUGCUGAAAUCGUCACUGGCGCAGAUCGCCGCCAAAUACGGCCCUGCCAGCCCUGCUCACUUACAGGCCCAGUCGUUCAUCAGGCGCUAUUCCUUACGAUUCUGGGCAGAAUCAUGUAACGGGCCAACUGCAGCCGAGAAUACGAAGUACAUACCAAGAUUCGAAAAUUGA